CCGCUCUGGGUCCCCAGGCGCUGCAGCGGCUGCAGGAGAUGAGGUGGGCGCUGGUCGUGUUUCAGGGCUACGUGGAGAUUCUGGGGCGCAGGGACCCCGGCCUGGCGCUGGGGCUGGAGGAAAUCAGCCUGGAUCUGCGAGACUUGAUGCACCACAUCGAUUACCAGAUGUGGGGCUCUGGCCAGCCCGCCCCCCUGCUCCCGGGGCCCCCCGCCGCCCCCCGCAUCCUGCAGCACCUCAGCGACUGGAGCAACCUGCAGGAGUCGUACCUGGUCUUGCGCGCCAUGGAGACCUUCCUGGGCCGCGUCGUCCGGGACUUCACCCUGCUGCGCAUGGGGCGGGGCUGGGCCCCCCACUGACCCCCCUGUACCCUGCCCCCCAAAACACUAAUCCCUGGGGUCACGCUGCUGCUCCCAGAGCCGGGCAGGGAACCGAGGCGUCCGGGCUCCCAGCAGCCCCCCGCAGAGCCGGGCAGGGAACCCAGGUGUCCGGGUUCCCAGCACCCCCUAUGUUAAUUUAUAUGAGUGGAUUUUAAUAUAUUUAUUUUUUGCUAUUUAUUACCAAGAAAUGUAUUUAUUUAUUGUUUGUAAUAAAGUGACUAAUGUGAAGAGUCUUGUUGUUUUCCCACAGCCCGAACGCCUGGGUUCUCUCCCAGCUCGGGGAGGGCAGCAGCCCGGACGCCUGGGUUCGCUCGACUGGUUUCUCUUUUCCGUUCCCUGUUUCUGGAUGACUCAGCCCCUCCUCAUUCCCCUUCGCCCUGGGGGUUUCUGGGAACCUGGUGCUGACUGAUACACGAAGUAAACAGAACCCACACGGUGCUAUUUUGGUAGGUCCUACAGGAA